GAGCCUGAGAGCAACAACUUUCUGACACAGAAUGGAGAGGAGCUGACGCACCGUUAUUACAGGACCGUUAACUUUCCCUCAUAAGGCUAUACUCAUGCCUUUGCAGCUUAAAAGUGGAACGACAUCACAACUAUUACUGAAACUUCAUCUAUUUUAAACAGUUUUACCACUUUAAGGAGCUCUUUUCUUCAUUUUGUCUUUUUGGACACUUUGACCGCGCUAUAACGCACGAUGCGCAAAGGGAUGGCUACACAUCGGAAACUACGCAAAACGGGAAUUCAACACGUUUUCUACGUCUGUCUCUCCUUUUCGGUGGCCUUUUCUUAUAACAUAGACCUAGAACAUCCCUUGGUGUUCCGCGGACCUACUUCUAGUUUUUUUGGCUAUUCUGUUUUGGAGCAUUAUCAUGACAACACAAGAUGGGUAAUAGUAGGGGCUCCGCGGGCGAACUCUACCUACAGUAGUUUUGUGCAAUCUCCCGGAGCUGUGUACAAGUGUCGAGUUCACAGCAACCCCGAGCGCCGCUGCACAGAGAUGGACAUGGGUAGAGGAAACAGGCCCAGGGAGUCGUGUGGAAAGACCUGCCAAGGCGACCGAGACGACGAAUGGAUGGGGGUCAGUCUGGCUCGGCAGGACAAAACCAACGGCAAAAUCCUGGCCUGUGCUCACCGAUGGAAGAACGUCUAUUACGACUCAGAGUAUAUUUUACCCCAUGGAUACUGCUCCAUCAUCUCUCCCAAUCUACAGGGUAAAACCAGGCCACUUAUCCCCUGUUAUGAAGACUAUAAGCAGAAAUAUGGGGAAGAGCACGGCUCGUGCCAAGCCGGGAUUGCUGGCGUAUUCACCGAGGAGCUGGUGGUCAUGGGGGCUCCUGGGUCAUACUACUGGACCGGGACAAUCAAAGUGUACAAUCUGACUUCUGACACCUUCUACAGCCCCAACCAGGAAGAAGUGGACUCACAUAGAUAUAGCUACCUCGGCUACGCUGUGACCGCGGGACAUUUCUCCUCUCACAAUGUGAUCGACAUCGCAGCCGGGGCGCCCCAGCACAGUGGCAGUGGCAAAGUUUACAUUUUCAAAAUUGAUGGAGGAUCUUUGGUGAAGAUUUUUCAAGCCUCAGGGAAAAUGAUGGGCUCUUACUUCGGCUCCUCUUUGUGUGCUGUGGAUCUGAACCAGGACGGGCUGUCUGACCUGCUGGUGGGAGCUCCCAUGCAUAGCCAGCUCCGGGACGAGGGCCAAGUGUCUGUGUACCUCAGCAAAGGCAAUGGUGUGAUGGAGGAGGGUGGCGUGCUGACCGGAGACAAUGCGUACAAUGCACACUUUGGGGAGAGCAUCGCGGCGAUUGGGGACAUAGACGAUGAUGGUUAUCAAGAUGUAGCCAUUGGAGCCCCUAAAGAGGAUGACUACAGUGGAGCAGUGUAUAUUUAUCAUGGAGAUGCCACAGGGAUUAUCAAAAAGUACUCCAUGAAACUGUCCGGACGCAGCGUGGACCCUGGUCUGCAGAUGUUUGGCCAGUCCAUCUCUGGCACAGUGGACAUGGAUGCCAACGGAUAUGCAGAUGUCACAAUCGGGGCAUUUAUGUCAGACAGUGUUGUACUUUUAAGGUCCCGUCCGGUCAUCACAGUAGAUGUCUCCAUCCUGCUGCCUGUGUCCAUCAACAUCACAGUCCCCCAGUGUCACGAGGGAAACAACCACAACCUCAACUGCUUCAGCGUCACUGUCUGCAUGCGUUUCCGCGGGAGACAGCUGCCCGGCCAAAUAGAGCUGCUAUACAACCUGACUGCAGACGCAGAUAAGAGGCAGAAGAGCCAGCCUUCUCGCGUCUACUUCUUCCAGAGCGGCUCUCAGGUCUCCCAACUGAGCCAGCAGCUGAGUCUGGACAUCAACAGGGAGCAGUGCCAGCGCUACACCGCCUAUGUGAAGAAAGAUGUGAAGGAUGUGUUCACUGCCAUCUCCUUUGAAGUGGCGUACAGUUUGGGGCAACAUAUUAUCUCCGGACAUCAGGACAAAGAUCUGCCUGCACUCACCCCUGUUCUGAGAUGGAGGAAAGGAAACAAAAUAGCUGCAAAGAAUGAGACUUAUUUUGAGAAGAACUGCUUGUCUGAUGAUUGUGCUGCAGACUUGAGACUUCACGGGAAAAUGUAUCUCUCUGGAGUCCAUAUUAGGCCCCAUUUAGCUCUGGGAGGAGUGAAGAACAUUUCUUUAAAUCUGACGAUCGCCAACAUGGGGGACGAUGCGUAUGAUACCAACAUUUACUUUAACUUCACCAGAGAGGUUUUCUACAUCAACUUCUGGCAAAAGGAAGAAAAGGGCAUUUCCUGUGCACUUGUUGACUUGGACUUCCUCAAAUGCAGCGUGGGAUUUCCUUUCAUGAGAGCUCAGACCAAGUAUCAUUUUGCAGUGAUUUUUGACACCAGCCAGCUCUCAGGAGAAAAUGACACCCUGCAGUUUUUAGUUCAAGCUAAAAGUGCCAAUCCUGAGCACAAACUUCAUGACAACACACUGGACCUGUCCAUUCCUCUUGUCCAUGAAACUGACACAACCAUCACUGGUGUGGUGGCGCCGAGCUCAUUCAUUUAUGGGAACACCGUGGAAGCCUCGCGCUUUGUCCUGUUAGAAGACAUGGAGUGCCAGUUUCAACCACUGAAUAUAACUUUCCAGGCCAUAAACAACGGGCCCAGUCGCCUCCCUGGCUCCACUGUAGACAUCCGGAUACCCAACCGUCUGGCUGGCAAUGGGGCAGACAUGUUCCACAUUGUAGAGACACAGGUGGCAGACGGCAGAGGUAAUUGCACCCCCCACAGAAACCCCACACCCUGUACCAUCCCACAGGACAGAGAGAGCAUCUUCCACUCCAUAUUUGCUUUCUUCACCAAAUCGGGUCGCAAAGUCCUGGAUUGUGACAGACCGGGGCGAGCUUGUAUGACCAUUACCUGCACACUUGGUCCACAGCUCAAAGAGGAAGUAUUAAAUAUAGAUAUAAAACUUCUACUCAACACUGAAAUAUUAAAAAGGGACAGCUCUUCAGUGAUCCAGUUUGUGACUAGGGGCAGUGUUCAAAUCAGUGAAAGGGCUGUGGAGGUGCCAAAGGGGCUGCCAGAGGAGAUCUCAUUGAUCUUUGAGGCACUGCACAGCCAGGAGCCCCGGGGGUACGUGGUGGGCUGGAUCAUCGCCAUCAGUCUGCUGGUGGGGAUCCUCAUCUUUCUACUACUCGCCGUGUUGCUGUGGAAGAUGGGCUUCUUCAGACGACGCUAUAGAGAAAUCAUUGAAGCUGAGAAGAACAGGAAGGACAGUGAGGAAAGCUGGGACUGGAUGGAGAAGAAUCACUGAGACUUAUGAACUAGAUAUUGGGUCGAGAAGGAUCCAAUGGCAUCGGGUCUCACAGCCCAGCACCCCCUGCAGUCUUCCAUAUGUGGAAGAGAGGAAUUUCUCCAUAUUUUUUGGAGGCUUUGUAUUAUUUUCAUUGGAGUGGUGGUGGGGGUCCAGGAAAGAGACUUCUGAGGUGACAGUGCGUGGCUUGCCAAAGAGGACACUUAAAGCUAAAAUAUCUCCGAGAAGAGGAACUCCCAGGACAAUCAAUGCCGGGACGUACUGAACUGAGAUGGGGGAAAAGAACAACUUGAUAUAAUGGACAACAAUACCCUCAGGGCUGUGUGACAGAGCAAUUUUAUUUUUUUACUUUCACUUAAAGCCAUAUGGUGCAAAAGAGGGCUUCUAGAGUUGGCAAACCCUGUCACUGGUUUUUGUAGCACUGAUGUUUGAUAAAAUGGCUCAUAAUUUUACGUUUUGCCAAAGAUACAGUAUGUCCUGUUCAGAUUGUGAUUGGCGCCUGUGUAUAUUCAGACAUUUCCGGGAGUGUUUGAUGGUAUCUUUCCUAUAUCACUUCCUGCCUGUGCAUAUCUUGUUUUAAGUCAUCUGUUCAACUCCUCACUUCUCAAAGCUAAUUCUAUGUUUUUCACUCACACAGCUAUUAAAACACCAUGUUCUUAUGUCAUCAGUGAGGAGCUCCCAGUCAAAAAAAGCUGAAAAAAAUGUCCCAUGAGAUCUUGGCGUCAUGAUGUUGUAAUCAAGUCAACACUGUGGAGUUUGUAUUAACACUUGAUUCACCACACUUACACAGUUGUGCUCAUUUAAGAAGCAAAGAGAAGCAGAUGGUUUUCAGUUAAAAUCACAGAGGCUGCCAUUCAUGAACUGGAGGUUUUUGUAAGAAUUAAGUUAGUUAUGGUUUUCUAAGCUUUUUAUGGUAGAAGUUCCACAUUAAACCUAUCUAGCUCCCUGGAAACAAGAAGUUUACAAGUUACAGGUCAGCUCACAGAAUGAAUCAGGGUGAGCUGCAAAAAAAAUGACAAUCCAAUUUGUACCUGCCCCACAGUUUAGAAACCCCACCUCUCGGAAAUGAGUCCGUGGGCCUCCUCAUGACAGGACUGAUCUAGAUUUAUCUGAAACCCAUCCCAGACCUCCUAAAGGCACAAUUUAAUUUUACUAUUAUGUUAUUAAGUUUAACAAUGAAAUAUGAGACCCUGCAUUACUCUCCUAACAGAUGAAAGCAUGUAUGAGGAGUCUGCGUACAUCCUUUUUAUUGGGGCCCUUUUGGACUGAGUAAUGCCCUAAAAAUAGGCGAGAAUGGACUGCGUUCAAUCACGGCACAUAAACGACCUCACCGGGAGGGCUUAUUUUAGUCAACAUGAAGGAAUGCUUUAGCUCUGCCUCUAAUAAAUCCCCAAAUCAUUUGACCACAUACAGCCUACUAUUUCGCAACAGGUUUCCCUAUUGUGAAAGCUUGUAUAGACAAUCCCAUAGAGGAAAAGGUGUUUUAUAUGAAUUCAAGAUCAUGAUGAAUGGCCCCAGAAAGACAUUUUAUUUUGUUAUAUUUGUGUAGAUAUGAAAUAUAUUAGGAGCGGUUGCAUUAGAGAGAUGAAAUGUGCAAUGCCAAAGAUUUUUUUCCAAGACACUUUAGUUCAUUUUCCAAUUGCUUGGCUAUCUCUAUUAAUAGAUUCACUCUUAUAAUAACUCAUGUUUUCACUGGUAUAUACUGACUGUACACCCCAAACGCAUGGUAAAGCUUAAUGCAGAGAAUUCAACACUUGAUUUUUGUUUUGCUAACUGUGAUGGAUAUCAUUGUUUUGAAUGUUUGUAAAUUGUCACAAUUUUCCCCACUUUUUAUGUUUUGAAGUUUGGCUCUGAGUAUACUACUGUCACUGA